AAGCCUAAACCAUAAAGAAACUCGUUAUCUUCACGAAUCAACCCAAACUCACCCAUGGAGAAGCUAAAGCCAAACCCGGCAAACUCAUCCCCUCUAACUCCACUCAGCUACCUCGAAAGGGCGGCCGUUGUCUAUGGCGACUGCCCUUCUGUUGUUUACAACGGCACCACUUAUACGUGGUCAGAGACCAACACCCGUUGUCUCCGUGUGGCUUCCUCCAUCGCAACAUGGCUUGGAGUCAAGCGUGGUCAAGUCGUAUCUGUCAUCUCUCCCAACGUUCCGGCCAUGUACGAGCUCCACUUCGCAGCUCCCAUGGCCGGCGCCGUUCUCAACACCAUCAACACCCGCCUCGACGCUCGCAUCGUCUCCGUCAUGCUUCUUCAUUCAGAAUCCAAGCUCGUCUUCGUUGACCAGCUCUCUGUCAAGCUAAUACUUGAUGCCGUCUCCAGGUUCCCAGCAAACACUCCAAUCCCUCGCCUCAUAUUAAUCCGUGAUCAGGACGCGGUCUCGUCUUCCUCAUCUUCAUCUUCAAAGCUCACUGAUAGCUUUUAUUGCGAGUAUGAGGAUCUAGUAGAGAGAGGAGAUCCUGAAUUUCAGUGGUUAAAGCCGGCGAACGAGUGGCAGCCGAUGAUACUAAACUACACCUCUGGAACGACUUCAGCUCCCAAGGGAGUUGUUCACUGUCACAGAGCUAUUUUCAUCGUCACACUUGACUCACUCGUCGACUGGAGUGUGCCCAAACAGCCAGUCUUCUUAUGGACACUGCCUAUGUUUCACGCAAACGGUUGGUGUUACCCGUGGGGGACAGCGGCGGUCGGCGCCACCAACAUAUGCCUUCGAAAAUUCGAUGGCCCGAUCAUCUUCGACCUCAUCCAACGGCAUGGUGUGACUCACAUGUGUGGAGCACCCGUGGUGCUCAACAUGUUAUCAAACACUCCCAAUGUUGAAAUUCUCAGGAACCCUGUUCAAAUCCUAACAGCCGGCGCUCCGCCGCCUGCGGCGGUGCUCCACCGAACCGAGUCGCUUGGUUUUAAUGUCAGUCAUGGGUACGGGUUGACGGAAGUGGCCGGAAUCGUGGUAUCUUGCGCUUGGAAGAAUAAAUGGAAUCGUUUUCCGGCAACGGAGCGUGCCCGGCUUAAGGCUCGGCAAGGGGUGAAGACUCCGGCGAUGGCUGAAAUUGAUGUUAUUGAUCCAAGUUCAAGAGUGAGUGUGAAGAGAGAUGGUUUAACAAUGGGGGAAAUAGUUCUCAGAGGCGGUUGCGUAAUGCUCGGUUACCUCAAAGAUUCAACGGCCACGGCGAAAGCUGUAAAAGAAGAUGGAUGGUUUUACACGGGCGAUAUGGGAGUUAUGCACUCGGACGGGUAUUUGGAGAUCAAGGACAGGUCCAAGGACGUGAUCAUAAGCGGCGGAGAGAACGUGAGCAGCGUGGAGGUAGAGUCGAUUCUGUACGGCCAUCCGGCGGUGGACGAGGCGGCGGUGGUAGCUCGGCCCGACGAAAUCUGGGGUGAGACGCCGUGUGCGUUUAUAACGUUGAAGAAAGAUUCGAGGGUGAGACCGACGGAGAAGGAGAUAGUUGGUUAUUGUAGAGAGAAGUUGCCUCAUUAUAUGGUUCCGAAAGUUGUGGUGUUCAGAGAUGAACUUCCGAAGACUUCAACUGGGAAAAUUCAGAAAUUUAUUCUGAAAGAUAUUGCCAAAACCAUGGGAUCUUCGUCUGGAGCAGUGGCUUGGAGUAGGAUCUAGCUGAAUAAUAUUAUAUCUAUAUCACUAUAUGAAUAUUUGGUUCUGUAUUUGUUAUCGACAGAAACAGGGAUGCGCCCAGCUAAUCUUUCCUAAUUUUCUGUCAUAUCAAUUAAUGAAUAUAUGAACAGCUCCUAAUACUCCUUUGUCUA